AUGCAUCCAACCAUCGUUCGUGCUUGUUGUUCUCCUCGUGAAUUGGCCGAACAAUAUCCGCCCUUCCCCAUUCAAGAUGGCCCAUCCAUUGACUUGUCCCCUUUCUUUCAUGCGCUUGUACCUUCUCAAACUUGGGCACGUCUUUCCACCUGCACUUUCUGCGGGCUGUGUUCCCACCAUCUAGUCCGUGCUUGCUAUCCCGAUUCCUCUCUUGGCUCUCGUUGUUGGCGCAAUUUUUGUAACCUAGAAAUCAAGCUUGAAACAAAACAGCAAGUGAUUGUGUUUUUGGACGAAAUUUAUAACCUAUUACCAGUGUCAGUAGUGAACCCAAAGAUUUAUGAGGAAAGAAUGGUUACGUUUUCAGAAGUUUUUGGGGUUGUAUUGGUAUACUCUAGUUACUUUGACAAAAAGGCGUUGAGAAGCUUCUCUUCACUUUGUGGCAAAAACUCUGUUGAAUUAAUUGAUUACGCAAGAAACAUGAAAGGGAACAUAGUAAAUAAUUUUGUGGACAGAUUUCCGGGCACUGCUGAAGUCGAACUAUAUGAAAGCAUCCAUUUGAUUGAAAAUGAUGAUACUGUUGCAAAGUUUAAUUGCCGGACAAACCCCAUUCAUUGA